AUGAGCUGUGGUGUGAAAGGAGGCAGCACUAGCAUCGGUGGUGGGGGAAGCAUCUGUAUUGGAGGCGGUGGCGGAGGCUUCAGUGGUGGAAGCGGCAAAGGCAUCAAAAUUACAAGCUCGGGAUCCUCGAGGGGCUUUUCUAGAAGAAGUUACGGUGGAGGACAUAGGAGCAUAGGAGGUGGUUUCAGCAGUGGUAGCUGUGGAAGAAUAAGCAGAGGGAGUGUAUGCUAUGGAGGCAGCAGCUAUGGUGGUGGGAGCUACAGUGGUGGAAGGUAUGGAGGAGGAGGCUACUGUGGUGGCGGCUAUGGAGAGGGGGGCUACUACCCAUUCAGCAGUGGCAGCUUUGGCUUUGGAGGUGGCGAAGGUGGCCUCCUCUCCACCAAUGAGAAGAUAACCAUGCAGACCCUGAAUGAACGCCUGGCUCAGUACCUGGAAAGGGUGCGAUACCUAGAAGACGAAAAUGCUCAGCUUGAAAUCUCGAUCAGAGACUGGUACCAGAAGCAUGGUGGGAUUACGGCACCAAGGGAUUACAACCCCUAUUACCAGCAAAUUGACCAGCUCUACAAUGAGCUUGUUUGCGAAACAGAUGACUAUAACAAAUACCUUCUGAAUAUUGAUAACACCAGGAUGACAGCUGAAGAUUUUAAGCUGAAGUAUCAAACUGAAUGUGGUCUCCGCCAGAAUGUGGAGGCCGAUAUCAAUGGCCUGAGACCCCUCUUGGAUCAGCUGACCCUUGCAAGGUCUGAUUUGGAGAUGCAGUACGAGUCUCUGAAGGAGGAGCUGAUCUGUCUCAAGAAGAACCAUGAGGAGACCAUGAGAGGACUGAUCAGUCAGACUGGCCACGGCGACGUCAGUGUUGAGGUGAAUGCUACUCCUGGUGUCAAUCUGAAGCAACGUCUUGAUGAGCUCAGGGCUGAAUAUGAACAACUCAUCGAACGAAACCGCAGAGAGGUGGAAACCUGGUAUGAAAGCAAGAUGGAGGAGGUCCGCCGAGAGGUCAAUACAAGUGGUCAAGAGAUAACGUCUGUCAACCACCAAGUGACAGAACUGAGACGUGAAUAUCAGAACCUGGAGAUAGAGCUACAAUCCCAGCUCAGCAUGAUCCAGUCUCUGCAAAGCAAUCUGGAAGACACAGAACGUCGGUACAACAUGCAGCUCCAACAGAUUCAGUGCCUGAUCAAUCCAGUAGAAGCAGAGCUGGCCAGCAUCCGCUGUGAGAUUGAGAACCAGAAUCAGGAGUACCAGCUGCUCCUCGGCAUCAAAACCCGCCUGGAACAGGAGAUUUGCCAGUAUCGCCGACUGCUGGAGGAAGGACAGCAAGAAAUGUAG